AUCAGUGCUGAAGGUGCGGUGGGGAGGUUGUACAGCUAUUAACAGCCGUGGCGAAAAAUCACAGAUACACACCAAAACAACGACUCUGUAGCGGGGAAGAAGACUUGUACGGAAUUAAGACGACUUCAACACCAUUUAAGUAGGCCUGUUUCUCCGUGUUACACUCGGGACGGCGGCUUUGAGAAUAUCCUGAAGAAAUUGUAUUUACAUAACCAGCUUUCCCCAGUAUUCAGAGCGAGGAGCAGCCGGUCUUGCCACGGUGUCCGGUGGACGGUAGCGGCACCAACUGCAUCAGUUUUCAGGCCAGUUCGUUUUUCUGCUGUUAGACACUUCUUAAAUGAUGUUUGUAGAGCGCAGGCACACAAAAGCCUUGUAGCCCACAUAUUUAUAGACAUUUAUGCAUUUUUCGCCAUUCAGAAAAACAAGUUAUACAACAAGUCAGGCUGGUGCUCGUGAGUGGAGUAGGUCCUAACGCCCGCCGUUUAAAGUCCCAGUUGCCGGGGAGCGCACGCUGUCUCGUGCCCAAAUGGUUCAGCUGUCACCAGUUUCUGAAUUCUUUGACAAAAUGGAAAAAGUUCUAUUAGAGCAGGGUUAGGGGCAACGUUGGACUGUAUUACCUAAAAAAUAAAGGACUGCACUUUUUCUUUUUAAUAUUGGAUUACCCAGCAGCCUUUUUCUUGGACAUCGUGAAAUAGCGUCAGUUUAUCGGAAUAACAGCAUACACAAAGACUGUUGCUAUUAUUAAAAAAGUGAAAGGACUCGUCCAAUUAAGUAAUGGUCGUUAAUACGAUCCACUGGUUCAGGAAGGGCUUGCGGCUCCACGACAACCCGUCGCUCAAGGAAUCUCUGCAGGCAGCGGAUACUGUCCGCUGCGUCUACAUCCUCGACCCUUGGUUUGCAGGAUCUUCCAACGUUGGGAUCAGCAGGUGGAGGUUCCUCUUGCAGAGUCUUGAGGACUUGGACGCCAGCCUUCGUAAGCUCAACUCCCGUCUGUUUGUGAUACGAGGCCAGCCCACAGAUGUUUUUCCCAGACUUUUCAAGGAGUGGAAGAUCACUCGUCUGUCUUAUGAGUAUGACUCUGAGCCCUUCGGGAAAGAGCGGGAUGCAGCUAUUAAGAAACUGGCCUGCGAGGCUGGCGUGGAGGUGACAGUCUGUAUCUCACACACGCUCUAUGACCUGGAUAAGAUCAUAGAGCUAAAUGGAGGUCAGUCUCCUCUCACCUACAAGCGUUUUCAGACCCUCAUCAGUCACAUGGAUGCAGUGGAGUUGCCUGCUGAGUCCAUCACUGCGGAGGUCAUGGGGAAAUGUACCACACCCCUCUCUGAUGACCACGAUGACAAGUUUGGUGUCCCCUCCUUGGAGGAGCUGGGUUUUGACACUGAAGGUCUAUCCUCUGCUGUGUGGCCGGGGGGAGAGACCGAAGCCCUCACUCGACUGGAGAGGCAUUUGGAAAGGAAGGCAUGGGUAGCCAAUUUUGAGCGUCCCAGGAUGAACGCCAACUCUUUGCUGGCUAGCCCCACAGGCCUCAGCCCAUACCUGCGCUUCGGCUGUCUCUCCUGUCGCCUCUUCUACUUCAAACUCACUGACCUUUACAGGAAGGUGAAGAAGAACAGCUCCCCUCCUCUGUCCCUCUAUGGUCAGCUGUUGUGGCGUGAGUUCUUCUACACAGCAGCCACCAACAACCCUCGCUUUGACAAGAUGGAGAGCAACCCAAUCUGCGUCCAGAUCCCCUGGGACCGCAACCCCGAGGCACUGGCAAAGUGGGCAGAGGGACGUACCGGCUUCCCCUGGAUCGACGCCAUCAUGACCCAGCUGAGGCAGGAGGGCUGGAUUCACCACCUGGCCCGACACGCUGUGGCCUGUUUCCUGACCAGAGGAGACCUGUGGAUCAGCUGGGAGGAGGGCAUGAAGGUGUUUGAGGAGCUGCUGCUGGAUGCAGAUUGGAGUGUAAAUGCGGGCAGCUGGAUGUGGCUCUCCUGCAGCUCCUUCUUCCAGCAGUUCUUCCACUGCUACUGCCCUGUGGGCUUCGGCCGACGCACGGACCCCAACGGAGACUACAUACGGCGCUACCUCCCUAUUCUGAGAGGAUUUCCAGCCAAGUAUAUUUAUGAUCCCUGGAACGCUCCAGAGAGUGUGCAGAAGGCAGCCAAAUGUAUUAUUGGAGUUCAGUACCCUAAGCCCAUGGUGCACCAUGCAGAGGCAAGCCGUCUCAACAUUGAACGCAUGAAACAAAUCUACCAGCAGCUGUCCUGUUACAGGGGCCUUGGCCUUUUGGCGACAGUUCCCUCCAACAGUAAUGGUAAUGGUGAAGCGUCCUCUGGCAUGAUGGGAUUCUCAGUAGAGGCUACACAAGAUGCUGCAGCUCCGUCCGGUUACCAAAUGCCAGUACAGUCCCAGGGAGACUGGCAAAGUGGUGUCAUGGUGUACUCCCAGGGUGACCCACAAACCAGCAUCAGCACCCAUCAGCAUGGUUACGCAAGCACCAACAGCAGUGUCAUGUGCUACACUCAAGGCACCCAGCAGAUUCCUGGCUUGACAAUGCAGCAAGGGCUUGGACGCCACACCAACACUCAGACCAGUGGCAAACGCCACAGCGAGGAGUCUGGAAAUGGCACUGGCUCCAAAGUCAAGAGACACAGCAGCCACUGAACAGGACUUUCUUCAGACUUGCUGUCGUACUGUGUGGACAGCCACAACAAAACGGACACUAAAACUGAAGUUCUGUUACAACAUCACACUGUCAAGUUGUUACACAAUGGGUGAACAUAGCAUCAAGAGGAGAAGAUCGUCUUGUCAUUAAGCACAUUCGCAAGUUUCUUACGUCUCGGACUGUAUAUUACCAUAUGGACUGAACAGCCCAGCCAGUGGUGACAUCCUCGCAGUGUUUCGGCACUGGAUAGACGGUCACACUAUGCUGCUGUGAAAGUUAAUAUUGCCAGGACUAAAAUCCUUGUGUAUAUAAUGAAUUUGCUAAUUUCUGCUCACAUACAACUUGUACAUAUUUGUUAUUGUAUGUGCUUUCUCUCUCUUUGUGUAGCCAUAGACCCAUUGAUAUAUUUUUGAUAUAAAGAAUCAUUGUGGAUGGAUCUUUUCUUUUUUUGAAAUUUUCAAUAAAAGUGAAAGCAUUUAUUGACAGUCCAGUCCUUAGAUAGUGAGAGACCUUGCUUCUCCGCUAAUGCAGCUGCCUAUCCUCUCAUUUAUUCCCUCUGCAUCUUUAUCUGUAUCUCUGCUCCCAAUUUUCUCCUGUCUUUGUUUAAACCAUCCAAUCCGUCCAUCAAACGGUGAUUUGAUCAUUUACUUUCCACCUCUCUCAGAACCAUGUAGCUCAGUUUUACCAAAUUUAUUCUUAACCACUGUAGAGAUGACAUCAGUGUGAUGUUACUAUCAAGUUAUUGCCCUUGUCAGUUUUUAUUGAGAAAAAGGUGACAGGAAUACAAACUCUUCAUUUCAUGGUUUCCCUCUGUGUAAUUACCAAUAAAUGUACCACUGGAGUGUGCCGCUUCACUUGCUUCUUGUUCCUUCUCAUUGUGCUUGUUUAAUUAAAACUUGGUUAAAUAUAAAAAAAAAA